AUGCCUUAUAUAUCUUUCCGAAGUUUGUUUCUUUCUUUCUUUCUUUCUUUCUUUCUAUUUGCAUUCUUUUUCUCCUUAUGUGUAGUUCCUUUCUCUCUUUUCCUUCCUUCUUUUUCUUCUUUGCUUACUUUUUCUACUUCUUUCUUUUUUCUCUCUCUCCAUCCUUAUUUAUUUUUCUUUGCCAACCUUAAUCGUUCAACUCUCUCUUCUUUUCAUCACUCGCUUUUCUGUGCCAUUAUUUCAUCCUUUUUCUUUCGUCUUUUGGUCUUUUUCACCAGUGUUGUUUAUUUACAUUUCUCCCCUCUCUUCUUUUUAUUCUUCUUUUUAUUCUACUUUUUUCAUUGUCCCAAUUUUUUUGUUUCUUUCUUUCUUUCCUUUUUCAUUUCUUUCUUUCUUUCUUUCUUUCUUUCUUUCUUUCUUUCUUUCUUUUCUAUUUCCUUUCUUUUUCUCUCUGUCUAUAGUUUUUUCCCUCUUUUUCUUCCUUCCUUUUGUCGUUCCUCCUUUUUCUUCUUUGCUUACUUUUUCUGCUUCUUUCAUUUUUCUAUCUCUUUUUCCACCCUUAUUUAUUUUUCUUUUCUUCUUUUCAUCUUUAUUCAUUCGCUUUUCUUUGCCAUUAUUUCAUUCUUUCUUUUUCGUCGUUUGCUCUUUUUUGACCAGCAUUGUUUGUUUAAUAGAGAAUCACACUAA